CAACAGAAUAAUAAAUAGUGGUAGCUACAUUUAGCUAGAAGCAAGCUAGAAGCAAGCUAGCUAGCUACCUCAACUAUCUUGGUUUCACAAGAUAAAUUAGCGAUUUCACACUACUAACUAAGUGCAUUGUAAUGAAAGUAUAAUGACUGCAUUGGACGCUUCUGUUGAACAAAAAUCUAUUGGAAAAUGUUUGCUGUAUAACUGGGUAGAGGAGCGGACCACUGCCGUCCUUGACAAUGAGAGGCCCAGAGCGCACAUCCACAAAAAUGGACAUAAAGGGAUUCUCACUAUGGAUCUGUCAUCCAAAGUUCAAGGUGUCACCACGGUGAAUGAUGCUUUCACCCCUCCCAAGGGUCAUGGAGUGAGACAAAGAGGCCUCAGAGGAGAACUUUUGGAAAAUGAUCUGCUCAAGAAAAUAAGUGAGCAGACACAUGCAGAAUUUAACCCUGACCCUCCGAAAACAGAGUUCUGCUCCACUACCAAAGAGGACUACAAAGUUGAAGGCUUUCAGCCUUCCCUGCCUUCACCACUAAAGGAGCAUGACUACAAAAGCGAUCAGGCAAUUACCUUUUGGAGUGAGAAUCAUCAUCAGAUACAGGGUGUGACAGCGGUGAGAACCAGGGAUACCCCAUUCAAGAUGAACGCCACCUUCAGCACACCUAUCAGUGAGCACAUGGAUGACAAGCCUAUUCUGUACACACCGGAGAAUUAAGCUGUUACUCAUGUGAGCAUUGGACACAGUGGUAUUAAAUUAUUGUUCCAUAAUAUUGUGUAUGAAUAUUGCUCUGUUUAUCAUUUCAAUUAGGUCUAGUCUCUGCACAGUAUAUGAAUUGCGUAAGU